UCCGCACUCUACACCAGAACACCACUGAUCCUACUGGCAGUGAGAAUCAGAUCAUCCUAUUCUGAUUAGCUUGGACGACCUGUUGAAAACCCUCAAAGCAGUUUCUGACAUGCACUUUGAUAAAACACCAAAGGAGAAGCCGUGUUGCACUCUGCCCACAGUGAAGAAACUCUUGGAGGAGAAGCGAAGACGCGAGACGUCAUCUGUGCCACCUUCCUGCCCCACAGCAAUCACAAGUCCUGUUCCUCUGACUACAGUCACACAGUUGACCCCUUCAGAACCAUUUGCUUGUACAGGUGCCUCAAGUAGCUACUCAGAAAUGGCAGUGAGCUAUGAGCCAUGGAACCCAGCACCAGAGACUCCACUCUCUUAUUAUACCAGCAGCCACCCAGGACCCAGGGUUGCUGCAGCCUACAACCUCCCAGUGACGUCCGAAUACGGCACACAGCAGCAGCUGCCAGGUUUUAUAGCGUCAACGUCUCAGACCUUUCAGGACUGCCAGAUGACAGCUACAGAUCCCAGUUUGGCAUCAUCAUGGUCACUUCUGUGUCCCGGUCAGACCACAGCGGUGGCUUUUGGCUCCUCGUUGGAUGCAACCAGACUGGAGGAGGCCAGGAUGCUGCUCAGAGGGAUGGAUUACAGCAGAACCACGGGGCAGGACGAAGACGGAGACACCAUCCUGCACAUCUACACUGCCAAGGGACUCAGGGAGUGUGCCUUCGCUGCUGCAGAGAGGCUGAGGGAGGUCGGGGGGCUUGAUGCCAAAGAACACAAGGGAAAGACUGCUUUACUGGUGGCAGUGACAGCAAACCAGCCAGAGAUUGUCCAAGACCUGCUGUCACUAGGAGCAGACAUCAACGCUUCUGACGUGAACGGACAAACUGCGCUUCAUCUGGCUGUCCACUAUGGUUUUCCCAGGGUUCUGCAGGCAACUCUGUCCAGCAGACCUGACGUCAACCUGGAGGCCCGCAAUUUUGACGGCAUGACUCCUCUGCACUGUGCAGUCAUCUCUCACAGUGUCACCAUGAAGGCUUUGUCCACCACUGGGAUGGCAGACGUUAAUCUUCAAUCCAAGGCAGCAGAGAAACUCUCCUGUGUGCAGAAGCUGCUUAAGGAAGGAGCAUUUGUUUGCAGCCAGGAAAUCAAAAGUAACAAGACUGCACUGCACUUGGCUGUCAAAGAGGGGAACAUUGACCUGGUGCGAUAUCUGCUGAGGAUUCCCCUGCAAAACAUGAAAGACUUUGUCAACAUGAAAGCUCAUGGACACACAGCUUUACACAUGGCAGCUGGUCUCCAUGGUAACCCCCACCAGGAGGAGAUCCUGCGGCUGCUGCUGAGUAAAGGAGCUGAUCCCAGUAUCCGCAACCUGGAGAACGACCAGCCAGCUCACCUGCUGCAGAGCGGCUUCCAGGGAGAGCAGCUGAAGAUGAUACUGAAGAAACGAGGCGCUACCUCUCGUCGACGUAACGUGUCCUUGCAGGACCAGGAAUGAUUUAAACUACAUGUAAUCUCCGUUUGGAGGAAAAGAGUCUUUAACAGUUUUCCUCUGUUGAGAAGGGGAUAUAUAGAGUACAGCUGAUUAUUCUGGGAGUCUCUGGCCUAUCGUUAACAACGUUUGUUUGGCAAAUUCAUCUCUGCGUAUAAUUCACAUUGGAUUUGACAAAUGAUGCUUUGAUACAUAAAGCUAAAAUGUCCUGUGACGUAGUAUCUGUAAACAUGCUGUACUUUAUUUUUUAUUUUUCUUUCUUUCUAUGCACAUGCUCAAAGUGCUGAUUAUUCCAAAUUGUGAUAUCCUCAUUGAAGCCUUCUGCUGCUAUUUGUGUCGCAGUGGAGACAUGAUAAUUUAUGUAUUUAUUCUCUGUCCAAAUGUAUACUUUCAAGUACCUUGAAAUAAGUAGAAAUUAAGAGCAUUAGUUAUCUUCAAAAAGAGGGUGAAGACGUUGCUGGAGUGACUUUCAUUCUCUGAUUAGGCUACACUCCCAGUUUUGAGUUGAUUUCUGUGAAAUCGUUGAUAUGAA